UACUCAUUGAUUGUGCAAUUUUUCCUCGGAACAUUAUGACCGAAGUAAAAACCGAUACCCCGACUGUUACGGAGGAACCUGGAAAAGAUGGCAAAGCAGCAGAAGUCUCAAAAAUAGCGAGUGAGGAGGAAACGCUACCCAGUAUGAAUCCACUUCCCGCUGCUUGGAUCUCCACUGGAGCGUCGUGGUUCAACUCCGCUAAGGAAAAGACCAAGAACACUCUCGACCUUAUGAAGAAAGAUCUUGCUGAAUUUGGUGAUGCGAUGACACAGGAAGUGACCGAUCUUACUAAUGCAGCCAAAGGAGGUAUUGACACGGCGACACACGUUAUCAAGGAACAGGCUCAGUAUCUGGAAAAGUUGGUUACUCCAGACGCUGAAGAGAAGCCAUUAGUCCCCGAGGUCGUAACAUCUCCUGCUGCUGAGCCGCCUACCUCCAGCACUUCUGUUCCGAAAUCGCAAUCGUACGAAGACACAUUGGCUGCCAAGGUCGAAAAAAGUGCAGCGAUCGGACUAGGUUGGAUGAAAUCGGUUGUGGACAGUGUAACGGACACUGUGAAAAGUUUGGCAGUGGAAGAAACAACUCGAGGCGAGGACGACAUCACUGAGACUAUCCGACCACGAAUCAUGCGUAAGACAAACCUGAGCCCGGCGAAGCUUUUGGAAUUACAGUCAACGGAGUCAACUUAUCGUAAUGAGCCCGAGAAUCUUGAAGCGUAUGAAAAAUGGGUGUCUCGAUUUGUAAUGGAAGAGUAUGAUGCAGAAAUCAAUAUAUUGUUGGCAAAUAACCCUAAAAUGAGGGAGAUAUAUGGAAAAAUGGUACCAUCCGAAAUUGAUGCAAAGACGUUUUGGUCUCGUUAUUUUUUCGCGGUACAAAUUGCUGAAAUGGAUGAAGAACUACAACACUCUUUUGCAUUGAAAGAACUUUCUGUCAAGACCGGAGCUGAUGGGAAGAAAUCCAAGAAAGGUGAGUCUCCUAGUUCUGAUGGAUCAAUAGCCGUUGUAGACCAACAACCAACCAGCCCCGCUGCAUCUGCUGAUGAUUGGAGUGUAUGUAGCGAGAAGAACUAUGUAGAGGAAAUCAGCUCAACGAAUGGUGAUGAUGAGACUGGACCAACAACUCCACGCCCGAAAGAUGAAGGUGACGGCAAAGAUAAGGAAAAGAAGGAUGACAACUGGGUGGACUGGGACGAAUGA